AUGCAUUCGAGCUACUUGCCUUCACUCCUUCUCGCCGCCGCUAUCGGCUUCGCGAAUGGGGUCAACUACAAUGGCAAGGAAAUGCCAGACUGCCCGGGAUGGUUCGUGCAGAAGGGCCAACCCGAGAACGACUACUGUUGCAUUACCAAUCAACGCCCUGCGGCCAUCUCGCUCACAAACAUUCCGACUUCGGGACCAGACAACUGUUACGCCAAAGUUCCAGUGACGGCCAGCGACUUCGGCGAGCGCGUGUCGAGCGCCAGCAAUGCAUUCUACAGCAAGACCGGUUCUGUGCAAUCCGCUCCUGCCACCGCCACCGCCAGCGCUACGAAGGCAGACCAGACGGGAUCCGGACACUCUGCCACAGCUGUGGUCGAGAACGGCGCGGCGAGGGACUUUGCGAGCGCCGGUGCUUUGGCUUUGGGCAUGGCGGCUUGGUUCGUGUAA